UCAAUUUGCCCCUUAGCUUUCUCUCUCUUUCUUAAAACUUUAAAAAAUCCCCUAAAUUCUCGAUCUGAAAAUAAAAUUCUCUUCCGGGUCAGAAUCUUCUCUCUUCCACUGACUUUAUUGCUUCUUCAAACGCCACUUUCCUCUCUCUCAAUUUCUCCAAAAUCCCCUAAUUAUUUUUGUAAUUUUGUUGAUCUGCUGAUUGAUUUAAGUGUGCAUGCAAAGUUUGAUCUUUGUGUAAUUGUGUGUGUUGUUGGUGAAUUUUGCUAACAUCGUGAUCGGGUCGGGUUAGAGAACUCUAUGAAUUUGGAAGAAUUAGGGUUUGGAUGUGAUUUGCUGUUGUUUGAGGGUUUGCGUAAAUGCUCGUGGGAGGGGAUCUAGGGUUUCUAUCGAGCUUAGUGGUGGCGGCUUUUGUGGCGGUUUUCGGACCGGUUUUAGGGUUUGUGGUUCGCCGGAAAUGGCGGCGUUCGGUGGCCAGGAGGGAGGAGAUCAAGAGGCUUUUGGUUUUGGCUUCAGAGGAGGCAGCUAGGGUUGAGGUACAAGCCGCUCAAGAAUAUGGUUACGGUUACGGUUAUGGAUAUAGUAAUAGUUAUGAUGAUUCUCUGAAAGAGGAUGAUGACGUGGCAUCAACAACAACAACAACAAUAUCGUCAUCAACAUCAACAACGACUACUUCAACAUCAUAUUCUGGUGGUUCAAGGCAAUUGCAGUACCAAUGUGCGGUUUGUUCUUCUCCAACAUCUACUCGGUGCAAGCAAUGUAAAGCAGUUCGCUACUGCUCUGGCAAAUGUCAAAUCCUUCAUUGGAGACAAGGUCACAAAGAUGAAUGCCGUCCGGUUAGCAACUUGGAUCACCGCAAUGAUGUUGAGGCGAAAUCUCAUCUGAAGGCAUAUAAGCAGGAACCAAAUGGUAGUCAUCUUAAGAGCACUGAGGUUCAAGGGAGACAUUCUUCAGAAUCAGGCGAUGCUUCCCCAGAAGAUGCUGCACUUUUGAGAUCCAAACACUCUGCAACAUCUGAUGGAAAGCAUGCCACAGUUGGACAGAGUCUGACAGAAACAAAAAGUCCCAAUUUGAACUCCAGUUUCGUGCUUAACUCAUCUUCAUGUGAACAUUUGGACCUCUCUACUUCAAGUGAAUCUUCUGUUGAUCAUUCUGCUUCUGAUUCAAAUGACUCUGAUGCUUCUGACAGUCAUAGGUCUGCUGUUAUUGAUACAGUUAAAAUUCAGACGAGUCAUUCCAAAGUAGGCAGAUUUAAGCCAUCCUACACAGAGCAACCCCAACUGGUAUGCAUUGCAGAUAAUGAUUCCACGUCUGGCAAAUAUAAUCGCACCAAGCCUAGCAUUCAUGGGGAGGCUCGAUCUAAAUAUUCGACUUCAACAAGUUCAAGUAUUGAUAACUCCAGUGAAUCAUCAUUGACAGCUGCUACACCCUCAUCUGGUUUUUGGGAAGGAGCAGUUCCUUAUACUAGAUCUAGGAUUGGGUCACUUGAUAAUAUUGCAAAUUCUCCUUCCAGAAAUGCUUGCGACAUCAAGAUUUCAGAUUCUCAAUCAACUUCAUGUCGGCCCCCUCAAAUUGCUAGACCUCUUAUUGCUGGGUUAGGCGAACAAGGAUCGAACUCAAAAAAGAAUCUGGAAAAUCCAAAUCCAAUUAUAGUGGAAGUGCGGAAACCAGUCAAUCGAGCUGAAUCAGGAUUUGAAGUUAAAGACGAGACAGAAAGUAGGAGAUCAUCAGCUUCGCGGUCUGUAACUUUGAAUCAGCUUGAUGUGCAUGACUCCCGUGCUAAAUGCACAUUGUCCUCCGAGGAAGCUAGAUGCUCCUCAUCUAGUGCUUCUGGUAAUUUAAAGAAUCAUGAUGGGUUAAAAGUUAGUAGGCUGCCGUCCUCAAGCCCCAGCAAGUCAUAUCGUGGUGUUGAAGGCUCGACCAAUGUUUUACAAAUGCCAAAAGAUAGACAAAAGGAAUCUUCUCCUGCCAAAGUUUCUGGUAAUAUCUCUUCUAGCAAUGGGAGGCAUGAUAUUCAAAAUGUGAAGACAGCAAAGGUUGAUAGUACUCAAGUGGCUAGUGCCUGUUCUGCAGAGUCUAGUGUUCCUUUACCAAAUGCAAGGAAUGGCUUGAAGUCAGUUUUGACAUUUGUUGACCAGCUUAGGGGUUCAAAGACGACGCGGCUCAAUUCUCCAGGGGAUGGGUGUGAGGUCAUCGGAAGAUAUGAUAACAAGGGUCUUUUUCCAUAUGAAAGUUUUGUGAAGCUUCAUAACUGGAAGAAUGAAUUGCGUCCAUUUGGCCUUGUAAAUUGUGGUAACAGCUGCUACGCUAAUGCUGUCCUUCAGUGUCUGGCAUUUACUCCACCGCUAACAUCCUAUUUUCUUCAAGGGCUCCACUCUAAAACAUGUGAAAAGAAAGGAUGGUGCUUCACGUGCGAAUUCGAACGUCUAGUUCUAAAAGCAAAGGAUGGGAUCUCUCCCCUAUCUCCUAGUAGUAUAAUUUCCCACCUUGAAAGCAUCGGGAGCAAUCUUGGUAAUGGUAGAGAAGAAGAUGCACAUGAAUUUCUUAGGUAUGUUAUCGACACAAUGCAAUCCAUUUGCUUGAAGGAAGCUGGGGUUACUGCACCUGGCUCUUUCGAAGAAGAAACGAGUCUCGUGGGGCUUACAUUUGGGGGCUAUCUUCGUUCAAAGAUUGAGUGCAUGAGAUGCGGGGGCAAAUCUGAGAGGCAAGAGAGAAUGAUGGAUCUUACUGUUGAAAUAGACGGAGAUAUAGGCACCUUGGAGGAAGCUUUAAAACAAUUUACUCACACGGAGACUCUAGAUGGUGAAAACAAGUACCGAUGUGGCAGAUGUAAAUCAUAUGAGAAGGCCAAGAAAAAGUUGAAAGUGCUGGAGGCUCCUAAUGUCCUGACUAUUGCCUUAAAGAGAUUUCAGUCAGGUAAAUUUGGCAAGCUGAACAAGACAAUUAAAUUCCCAGAGAUUCUGAACCUGGCACCAUAUAUGAGUGGGACAAGUGAUAAGUCACCAGUUUACCAGCUUUAUGGAGUCGUGGUUCACCUGGAUGUAAUGAAUGCUGCAUUUUCUGGUCACUAUGUGUGUUAUGUGAGGAACUUCCAGAAUAAGUGGUACAAAGUUGAUGAUAGUUCGGUAAGAUCUGUGGAACUUGAAAGAGUCUUAUCGAAGGGAGCAUACAUGCUUCUCUAUUCACGGUGCUCGCCACGGGCCCCCAGAAUAAUGAGGAGUUUGACAAUUCCUCGCGAUCCAAGGAGAUCAAAGCAAUUGACUUGUAAAUCAAGAUCCCAUACAAGAAGUCCAUGGGACUCUUCUCAUGGCGAUUCAGCUGCUCAAACUUGCAACGAAUGUUCUUAUCCUAGUCAUACAAGUGUCAGGCCGAGUAGGUCAAUAUUUGAGGAUGACUCUUCGAGUGAACAAUCGUCUUUCUUCUCCGAGCAUGGUUCUUGCAGCACAGACAGCACUAACAGGGAUUCAAUGAGCACGGAUGACUUAAAUAUUGAUAUAUUUGGGGAGUCUGGAAGCAGUUGGAGUUAUCCCAUGAGGAGUUCAUCUGAUUCUGACACAUCAUCUUCCUCAUCUUCUCCUUCCCCUCUGUACUCGAGGCAUUCACCCCUUGCUGAUUUGGACCGUUAUGCUUCUGCGCACGAAGAGACCACUUGCAGUUACAGCGGCAAUGCAGAAGCAGUUGGGGAUGGUCAGGGUUUUUGGACAGGGUUACCUGAUCGGAUCGGUUAUGCUGCGGUUCCUGAAAGCAAUGGAAGGACACCUUCUCUCUGUCCCAACUCAACUAAGCAUUGUAGAAAAGUAGUUAGUAGUCAUAGUAGUAGUAAGACCGACUCCAGUAGAUUAGGUCGGGUUAACCCAUGUGACAAGUCGAAAUCUCCUGUAACUUGUAGAGAUCGAUGAGGGAAGGUGCCCUCGUGGACAUCGUAUUAUAAAGUAUUUUUGUAUUCUAGAGGGAGGGAAAUAAAGAGUUGGGGAGGCAGGGGUUUAGGGAGUGGUUGUAUGUAUAAUAUACAUUGGCUUUUGGCUGUGUUCAAAACAAGGAAGGGGCCAUAAUUUUGUCACUCUCUUCCCCUUAAUAUAAUCUAUGCCCAUUUCCUGCA